CGCUAGCCAAGGGUGACGAUCCGCUCCUCUCCUCUUUUGACCCUUGGCAGAUUGAGUAAGAUUUUGUAAACCCAGAUGAGCACCCCCUAUUGGAAGUUGUAUUUAGCUCACGUCAACUUCAGCCAAUCAGAGUUUGCGUAACAGAGCAAUUUUCAUCAAACAUGGCUGCACCCAUGGAAAAUAACAUCGAAGAUGAUAUUUGCAAAAGAUUUAAUAUUCCCUCGCUCCGACCGAAUCAAAAGAAGGCUGUGAAGGGUGUAAUGGACAGAAAAGAUGUUUUUGUCGGUACCAAAACAGGAAGUGGAAAAUCUCUGACUUAUGAAUGCAUUCCAGUACUUUUUCCAGACGUAUGCGUCGUAAUAAUAACGCCGCUGAUUUUCAUCAUGUCUGAACAGUGCAAAAAAUUGACAGCUCUGGGUUUCAAAGCCUCUUACAUAGGAAAAGACUCAAGUGAAAAUAGCGAUCUAAUAAAUGGGGAAUAUGAUUUUAUUUUCGCUAGUCCGGAACAGCUGGUUGGAGACCUUAAAUGGUGUGAUGUUCUGAAAUCUGACGUCUACCAGCGAAAGUUAAGAGCUAUUGUUGUUGAUGAAGCACACACAGUUAUUCAAUGUGGUGAAUCUCAGGACAGGAAAACAGAACCUAAUGGUUUUCAAGAAUCGGAGAACUUCGUUCACUGUGUUCAAACACUCAAAUGGUGGCACUUACAGCAACAGCGGGGCCAACCAACAGAAGAAAAAUCAUGAAACAGCUGUGCUUUUCUUCCAAUGCAGAAAUUGUUGUUGAAUCCCCUGACAGAUUAAAUAUAAAAAUAUCAUCAAGAUGUAUUCCCAAUAAUGACCAAGUUGAGAAUGUGUUUGCAUGGUUAAUUUCUGACUUGACAACACUAAAAGAAAAGAUGCCACGUCAUGUUAUUUUUUGUGAGUCAAUAUCUGAUGUUUCAAAACUGUAUGUUGCUUUUGUUAAAAUAUUUGGUGCAAAAUGUGAAUUGAUAAACAUGUAUCAUAGUAAAACUAAUGAAAAGAUGAAGAAAAACAUAAGAACUGACAUGGCUGUGGAUGGGAAGAUUAGAAUUCUUAUCUGCACAAAUUCAGCUUGUAUGGGUGUUAACUUUUUCGACCUGCAUAAUAUCAUUCAUUAUGGAUUACCUAGAGAAAUGGACACUUUUGUGCAGCAAAUGGGGCGCUGUGGAAGAGAUGGCAUGCUGUCAAACGAACUCAUAUUAUUUAAAA